GCAGAUAAACAGAGAAGAAGCAUGGCAGCGAAAAGUGGCAAUGACUUUGAGCUUGUUAUUCCUGAAAGAGGUGAAAGAGUUAAGAUUACUUCAGGAUCUGCUCUCAUCGUGUCGUGUCACUUGUCUCCUGCAGUCAGUGCCGUUGAUAUGGAGAUUACUUGGCUUGGCCGGAUGUCUUGUAUUUGUGCCUAUAAGAACCGAGAGAUGACACAGGGAGCUGACUAUAAGGGCAGAGCGAGUCUGUUUAUGUAUGACCUGAAGAAAGGGAAUGUGUCCUUAAGACUGGCGGACUUCAGAGAGACCGAUCUGGGGGUCUACAUGUGCCGGGUAUCCAGUAAAAAUGAAACACAGCAGAUAACAGUAAAUGUCGCAGAAGAAGUAUCUGCUAUCUUCGAAGACCAGCAGUUGUUUACAGUGAAUUACCAAAUGGAUGAAACAAGCAACAAGUUGUCAGAGCGUCACGUUGAUUCAGGCAGUCAGCUUGAGGACUACAAGAUUAAAGAGGCAAUGUACCAAUUAUCAAUCCGCUCCUCAUAUCCCAGUGCUUCAGGGAAUGAUCAGCAUAAGGAUUACAAGAGAGAAGCAGAUGACGAAUUAUCAUCACAGUACAUCAAAUUAGACCCAAGCCAUCCAAACAAGCAGUCUGGGGAUAAUAGCAAGGAAACCAAAAGCAAGGGUAAGUUUCUUUAAAGUCACCUUAAACUUUAUCUGCAUUUAUCUGAAUAUGCAUUAUUUUUUAAAACAAUUUUGUGAUGUGGUGUUUGCAUUGUUUGAUGCCAAAUUUAUAGAUAGAAAAUAUAUGGGUUGUGUGUAUGUGGGUUAUAAUAUGUCUACUUUAAAAGCAGAUUAGUGUGCAUUUCUAUAUUAGCGUUAUUAUAUUGUUCUCUAUAUAUACGAAUAAGAACAUUUUACACACAUCUCUUAUAAUCUGUGUGAUGUGUGAACCUUGUGAGAUGUGUGCUUUAUAGAUUUUUGAGCC